AUGAACAUUUCUUCCCCGAGAGUCCACUCACUACAGGAAGAUAUGAAAUAUCUGGUACAGGAAAUCACUACUUCAACGGAGAAAAACUUAAUAUGUGUAUAUACCGUGUUGAGUCCCGUCCUANUUAGCUCGAUUUUAAAAUGUUUAUGUCGGAUUGGUAUGACUUCUGAAGCUAUAGAUCAAUUUAAGGAGUACAAAGAUGAGGGCCUCUUCCUUGACAAUGUUUGUUAUGAUGUUUUAGUGCGUGCUUUAUGCCAACUUGGGAAAGUAGAAGAAGCCAUGGAAUUGUUCAAUGAGAUGAAGAGAAAACUGAUGGUUCCAGAUGUUGUCAACUACACAAAUAUGAUUUUUGGUUAUUGUCGUCAAGGUAAACUCAUCAAUGCUUGGGAAUUAUUUAUGGAAAUGAAUAAGUCUGGGCAUAAGCCUGAUAUUAUAACUUACAACAAACUUGUUGGUGGGUUUGCAAGAUAUGGCUAUGUACAGAAGGCAGUUGAUCUUUUAGAUUAUAUGACGACACAAGGUUUGAAACCUAAUACGAGCACAUACAACAUGAUCAUUAAAGGCAUAUGUAUGGAAGGCAGGGUGAAGGAAGCUGAAGUUUUCUUAGAUGGUUUACAAGAGAAGUGUUUGGCAAAUUAUACUGUCAUGGUUAAUGGUUACUGCAAAGCAAACCAUUUAAAGAAGGCCUUUCAACUAUUUAUGAGAUUGUCUGAGCGUGGAAUCUUAGUGGGAAAAAAUUCUUGCUAUAAACUGAUAGAUGCAUUUCGUCAGAUUGGAGAAAUGAGAGCGGCACAGUUGAUCUUUGAUGUCUUGAUCAAGAAAGGAUUAACUCCUGAUCUAGUGACUUAUACAAAGAUGAUACACAGCUAUUGCAAAAUGAAUUGUUUACAGGAAGCAUGUCAUCUUUUUAGUGAUAUGAAGCGGAGAGGGAUUAAACCUGAUGUUGUAACCUAUACAAUUUUAUUUGACACUCAUUCAAAAGUAAAUAAAAAUAUAUCUUCUUCCUCCCAAAAUGCCUUGCAAAGUAAAGAAGAGGUAGUGGAUUUUUCAGUUUUUUGGAAUGAGAUGGCAAAAAUGGAUAUAAAGCCUGAUGUUGUAUGUUACACAGCUUUGAUUGCGAGGUGCUGUAAGACAAAGAACCUUGAGCAUGCUAUUAGAGUCUUUGAUGAAAUAAUUGGCAGAGGACUAGAACCUGAUAUUGUGACAUACACAGCGCUUUUAUGUGGCUACUUUGCAACCGGUGAUGUAGAUAAGGCUGUAAACCUCAUUAAUGAAAUAUCAAUUAAGGGGAUACCACAAGAUAACUACUUCAUGACGUCAUUGGAACGUGGUAUAUCAAAGGCCAAGAGAUUGCCGUAUAGACAUUAAGCAUCAUGUUGAGUCCCCAUGAGUAGUGAAUUCAAAAUCUCUAUCGCAUCCAGUUCUUAAAGGUAUGAUUGAAUGUACAAGGCCAUUCAACAUUACGAUCUAAUAUUUUUGAAAUACUUGGACAACUGCUUUGAUUACAUCAUUGCUCAAAAGAUUUACCCAACAGUUAUUUUCUCAAAAUGAUUCUAUUCAGUAAUUUAAUUGGUUCUGCUUGUCCAUUCGUUAGGUGGAUGCAACUGCUGCCAGAUGAUCCAUUGUGUUCAUAAAGACAGACAACUGCCGAAAUCAAAUGAACCUUAGGCAACUUAUAAUCAUACAGGAGAGUGAAGGGGAAGAUUUUAUUUGCCAUAUUCCCAAGAUAUGACAUUGCCAGGCUGGACUCUAAUUCUUAUACUGAAGUUGAAGAAUACAUCCAAAUUCAGGGUAGGAUGUACCCAUACGAAAUAACAAUAGUCAAAGUUUAAAGAUACAAUUAGAGCCUCCCAGAAGAAUGGGACAUAUACUCAACAAGAUAAAAAAUGGAGACCUCAUCAAGCUUGAAAAUGCUUCUCUAGUUUGAUUACAGAGUAGGUUUUAUCCUGUAUGAACAAACUGACCAUAAAUAUUCUGUAAAGAUCAAUGUGGUAGGUGGUUUAGUGUAUUAUAAUUGAUUUUUAAACAUUUGGUUGUAUGAUAGUUAAUAGUUAAUAUACACUUCAUCUAUUGUAACUCAACCUUUUUGUU